UGGCCCGAGAGGAUGAGCUGCGACAGCCUGCCGGUGCUGGGGGACAGCGAGGUGCUCUGCAUGGGCUACAACCACACGGAGGCCACCACCCUGCCGCCCUUCUUCGGGAAGCCCACGCGCCCGGCCAAGGACGCGGCCAAAAACCUGACGCCGCUCGACGGGCAGCGCCCCUCAGGGCUGGACUGCGGCCGGACUUGCAGGUGCAAGGCGCCCCUGAUCCCCAUCUCCAAGGAGUCCCACCCGCUCUACAACCGCAUCAGGACCGGGCAGGUGCCCAACUGCGCCAUCCCCUGCUACCAGCCCUACUUCACCCAGGACGAGAAGACCUUCGCCACCUUCUGGAUCGGCCUCUGGUCCAUUCUCUGCUUCCUCUCCACCUCCACCACCGUGGCCACGUUCCUCAUCGACAUGGAGCGCUUCAAGUACCCCGAGCGCCCCAUCAUCUUCCUCUCCGCUUGCUACCUCUUCGUCUCCGUGGGCUACAUCGUGCGGCUGGUGGACAGGGCCAUCCACUACGAGACCACGGGCCCUGCCCUCUGCACCGUGGUCUUCCUCCUCCUCUACUUCUUCGGCAUGGCCAGCUCCAUCUGGUGGGUCAUCCUGUCCUUCACCUGGUUCCUGGCGGCCGGCAUGAAGUGGGGCAACGAGGCCAUCGCUAGCUACGCGCAGUACUUCCACCUGGCCGCCUGGCUCAUCCCCAGCGCCAAGGCCAUCGCCGUGCUGGCGCUCAGCGCCGUGGACGGGGACCCGGUGGCCGGGGUUUGCUACGUGGGCAACCAGAGCCUGGAGAACCUGCGGGGCUUCGUGCUGGCGCCGCUGGUUGUGUACUUCUUCACCGGCAGCCUCUUCCUGCUGGCCGGCUUCGUCUCGCUCUUUCGCAUCCGCAGCGUGAUCAAGCAGGGCGGCACCAAGACCGACAAGCUGGAGAAGCUG